CACAUCCGUUUCCCGCCCUUUGGUUUGGUCAGUUUCAUCAUCAUCACCACCAACACAGUAUCUCAAACGCUAACUUUCGAAAUUCUGAAAAGCCACCGUUUCUAUCUCCGACGCCGUUUCCUCUUACCGAGUACGUCGGCUCCAAACUCAGAACACACUCCCUCACUCGCUUUUCGCUCCAAAUGCGAAUCUAAUCGCAGCAUCUACCGUUACUUCCUCCACAAUUUCAUGCGAUUUUCUUUUCUUUCAAAUUCUAGAGCAUUCCUUCUAUGAGUCCCUGAAUUUAAGGCGCGAUGUACAUCAAGGAAAUAUGUUUGGAAGGGUUCAAAUCCUAUGCAUCGAGGACCCUGGUCCCUGGUUUCGAUCCUUUCUUUAAUUCCAUAACCGGUUUAAACGGCUGUGGGAAAUCCAACAUCCUCGACUCCAUAUGUUUUGUUUUAGGGAUCACUAAUUUGCAACAAGUUCGUGCUGCCAAUCUCCAAGAGCUAGUUUACAAGCAAGGCCAAGCCGGAGUUACCAAGGCCACUGUCUCCAUUAUCUUUGAUAAUUCCGAUAGAUCCCGGAGUCCACUCGGUUACGAGGACCACUCUGAAAUCACUGUAACUCGACAAAUUGUGGUUGGUGGAAGGAACAAAUAUUUGAUCAACGGAAAACUUGCGCAGCCGAGUCAAGUGCAGAAUCUUUUCCAUUCGGUUCAACUUAAUGUUAACAAUCCGUAUUUCGUCAUAAUGCAAGGUCGGAUCACCAAGGUUUUGAAUAUGAAGCCUCCCGAGAUUUUAUCUAUGCUCGAAGAGGCUUCCGGGACGAGGAUGUAUGAAACAAAGAAAGAGUUUGUGUUAAAAACACUUGAUAAGAAACAAAGUAAGGUUGAUGAGAUUAAUAAGCUUCUUGAUGAGGAAAUACUGCCUGCUUUGGAGAAGUUAAGGAAAGAACGAAUGCAGUAUGUGCAAUGGUCUAAUGGGAAUGUUGAGCUGGAUAGACUUAAAAGAUUUUGCGUUGCUUAUGAUUACGUUGAAGCAAAGAGGAUUAGAGAUAGUGCGGUUGGUGAAGUCCAAAGAUUGAAGGCAAAGGUCACCGAAAUAGAUAAUGAUACAGAAAGGGUAAAGGUGGAAAUUCAAGAUAUGGAGACUAACAUAUCGAAGCUGACUGCUGAAAAGGAAGCUAAUUUGGGUGGGAAAGUUAAAGCUUUAUCAGAUGAAGUAGAUUCCUUAUCUAAGAAACUUGUGCAGGAAGUUUCUGUGCUGAAUAGCAAGGAGGAUACUCUCAAGGGUGAGAAAGAAAAUGCUGAAAAGAUUAUUCACUAUAUUGAAGUUUUGAAGCAGUCUAUAGAAGAGAAAGCCCUUGCUGUGCAAAAGUCUAAAGAAGGAUUAGCUGAUCUGAAAAAGAGAGUUGGGGACCUUUCUAAGAGUUUCAAAGAGCAUGAAAAGGAAUACCAGGCUAUCGUAGCUGGCAAGAGCAGUGGCAAUGAGGAGAAAUGCUCUGAUCAACUAGGUGAUGCUAAGGUUGCAGUUGGGGCUGCUAAAACAGAAUUGAAACAGCUGAGAACGAAAAUUAGCCAUUGUGGAAAGGAGCUGGAAGAGAAAAGGCAUCAAUUAAUGUCAAAGCGUGAUGAAGCACUUGAGGUGGAGAAUGAGCUUAAUUCUAGGAGAAAAGAUGUGGAAAAAGUUAAAAUUGAAUUGGAAUCUCUUCCACACAAAGAAGACCAGAUGGAAACUUUACAAAAGGACUGUGCAGUUGAGUUGGAGCUCAUCCAGAAGUUGAAAGACACAGUACAAGAUCUUUCAGCACAGCUAGCAAAUGUUCAGUUCACUUAUUGUGAUCCUGUGAAAAAAUUUGAUAGGUCAAAGGUGAAAGGAGUGGUUGUAAAACUGAUAAAAGUGAAGGAUAGCUCAGCAAUGGCAGCCUUAGAGGUUACUGCUGGUGGGAAGUUAUUUAAUGUGGUAGUUGACCCCGAAAAUACUGGAAAGCAGUUGCUUCAGAAUGGUGAUCUACGAAGAAGAGUAACAAUUAUACCAUUAAACAAAAUCCAACCUAGUACUGUUCAUCCAAGGGUUCAUCAGGCUGCUAUGAAAUUGGUUGGCAAGGAGAAUGCAAAGCUGGCACUUUCUUUGGUUGGUUAUGAUGAGGAAUUGGAGAGUGCUAUGGAGUAUGUAUUUGGAGCUACUUUUGUUUGUAAAACUACCGAUGCUGCAAAGGAGGCAUGUCCAUCUGAAUGCUUUUAUAUGUGGUUCUUUAAACAAUGUGAAACGAUUCACUAUUCUCUUAUUUGGCUAGAGCUCAUGUCUAAGUUUUACCUUUAUUUGUCACCUGAAAACAAUAUUAAUUGUCAGUUCAUGUAUGGUUUCUUUUCUUUUCAACUCAACGUAUUGCAGGUUGCUUUUAAUAGGGAAAUUCGCACUCCUAGUGUCACCCUUGAAGGUGAUAUAUUUCAACCUAGUGGUCUUUUGACUGGUGGAAGCCGCAGGGGUGGGGGUGAUCUGCUUAGACAACUUCAUGAUUUAGCAGAGUGUGAAUCAAAACUUGCAGGUCAUCAGAAGAGGUUAUCUGAAAUUAAAAUGAAGAUUGCAGACCUACAGCCUCUUCAGAAAAGGUUCAUGCACCUUAAAGCUCAGUUAGAACUUAAAAUGCAUGACCUUUCCUUAUUCCAGAACAGGGCAGAGAAAAAUGAGCAUCACUAGCUUGCAGAAAUGAUAAAGAACAUUGAGCAAGAACUUGUAGUAGCAAACUCAGCUGUUAAAGAAAAGCAAACUUUGUAUGAAAAGCAUGUUAGUGCAAUUUUGCAACUUGAGAAAUCAAUUAGGGAUCAUGAGAAUAAUAGAGAGGGCAGACUUAAAACCUUGAAGAGAAAGAUUAAGGCUACAAAAUCUCAAUUGUUGUUGGCUUCAAAGGAUCUAAAGGAGCAUGAAAAUGAAAUAGAGAUGCUUGUUAUGGAACGAGAAGCAGUUAAACAAGAACAAUCAUCUUUAGAGAGCCAAUUGGCUUCCUUGAGAACACAGAUUUACAAUCUUAAUUUGGAAGUAGAAGCCAAGGUUGAUACUCUAAAUAAAAACCAUGACCAAUUGCAAUCUGAGUUAGGCUCAAUUCGUUUAAAGAGUAAGGAGUGUGAUUCCCAAAUUAGCAGCUUUAUUAAGGAGCAGCAAAAACUUCAGCUUAAGCUUAGUGACAUAAAGCUUGAGAGGAAAAGGUUGGACAACGAGGUAAAGCAAACGGAGAGGGAGCAGAAAGAUUGCUCCAUGAAAGUUGACAAAUUGAUUGAGAAGCACGCCUGGGUUGCUACUGAAAGACAAUUUUUUGGCAAAGGUGGAACGGAUUAUGAUUUUGCAUCCUGUGAUCCUCUUAAAACAAGGGAAGAACUUGACAAGCUUCAAGCCGAACAAUCAAGCCUUGGAAAAAGAAUGAACAAAAAAGUAGUGGCAAUGUUUGAGAAAGCAGAAGAUGAAUAUAAUAAUCUGAUGUCCAAGAAAAACACUGUAGAGAAUGACAAGUCUAAAAUUAAGAAGACGCUUGAAGAACUAGAUGAGAAGAAGAAAGAAACACUUAAGGUCACUUUGGUCAAAGUUAACAAAGACUUUGGGUCCAUCUUUUCUACCCUUUUGCCCGGAGCCAUGGCAAAGCUCGAACCCCCAGAAGGUUGCAGCUUCUUAGAUGGUCUUGAGGCCCGUGUUGCGUUUGGAGGUGUUUGGAAACAGUCCUUGUCUGAACUGAGUGGAGGUCAAAAGUCUCUACUUGCACUUUCUUUAAUCUUGGCUCUGCUGCUGUUUAACCCCGCUCCAUUUUAUAUACUUGACGAGGUCGAUGCAGCACUUGAUCUAAGACACACUCAGAAUAUAGGGAGAAUGAUUAAAGCUCACUUUCCACAAUCUCAGUUUAUCGUAGUUUCACUGAAAGAGGGCAUGUUUAACAACGCUAAUGUUCUGUUCCGGACAAAAUUCGUGGAUGGCGUUUCCACUGUCCAGAGGACUGUUGCUUCUAAGCCGAGCAGGUAAUUUCCAGUGCCACUUACAAUAGAAGAAAAAAAUGGUGAAACAACUUGGUAGAUGAAAGCUAAGGAUGAAAAUUUAUCUACGGUAAAUAGCUUCUAUGGAAUAAACUUAUGUGAUCUCCAAUACUAAACAAGAAAACUUAGAUUCAAAUAGCAUAAGGUAAAAAGGGAGGAGUUGGGCAAACAUCAAAAUCUAUAAUAAAUUACGAAUAUCCUAUUUAAUUGUAUAUUUCUGCGAGGGUUAAAAUGCAAUCUAUCUAAUAGCUUAAA